AUGCAUGCCGGUAUGCCUCAUCGAGGCAAUGGAAAAUCUGAGGCCCCAACUCCUGAUCUCAAGACACUACUCGCCGAAGACUUUGUCAAUGAAUCGCAUAUGGAAGCUUUUUGCCAUGCUUUACAAUUAGACGAAUCCUACUUCGACCACCAAGGUGAUGCAACUUCACCCCAAAUUCCUGGAACCCCGGUAUCCAAUGCAUCACGGAUUCGAAAGGUAUCAGCGUUAUCCGACUUUGCACCUGUCAACCUCAAGGUCAAGAGACGAAAAAAGCGAGGUAGAGAGGACAAAAGAAGCGAUUAUCUUUUUAUCAUUCUCCGGUGGCCUCUUCUGUUUUUUAUAUUUUUGUUCAUUGCAGCAGAGUUUGGAUUUUAUGUGGUGAUCAGACAAAUGGUUAACACAAAGGAGUGGAUAUCGGCUUGGAGGGGCCAAAAAGGUAGAUUACGGAAGAAAAUGAGGAGUGCCAGGAACUAUGAGGAAUGGAAAAGUGCAGCUGUAACUUUGGAUAAUUAUCUUGGGUUUGACGAGUGGAAAAACCAUGAUGAGGACCAGUACUACGACUGGAUGCUUGUCCGCAAGGUUAAGAAAUCUUUAAAGACAAUGAGAGAGAAGAAUGACGUGCGAGGGUGUUUGGGUGUGUUGGAAACUUGCAUUCGUUCUAAUUUUGCUGCUGUAGAAUCAUCGAGAUUGUAUAGCGAAGUACCCAACACCUUUCUGGGAACGAAGAACUUGAUUGAAUCUUAUUUUGACGAACUCGAAUUAUCGCUGCAGUUCAUUCGGGAGACACCCGAACUCAGCGUAGACGAGAAGAAGCGCUUUUUUAAGAGUGCUAAUACUAAUUUGGGAAUCUCUGCCCUCUGCCUUUCUGGAGGAGCAUCUUUUGGUUACUAUCACUGCGGAGUUAUCAAGGCACUUCUGGAUGCUGGACUUCUUCCCAGAGUUAUAACAGGAACGAGUGCCGGAGGUUUGAUUGCUGCUUUAACUUGCACGAGGACAGAUGAGGAACUCAAGGUUCUACUUGUUCCCGAAUUGGCAAACAAGAUCACAGCGUGCGAAGAGCCUUUAAGUGUGUGGCUGAAGAGAUUCUGGAAGACAGGUGCUCGUUUCGAUAGUGUGACGUGGGCAAGAAAGUGCACAUUUUUUACGCGAGGUUCUAUGACUUUCAAAGAAGCCUAUAUCAGGACAGGGCGCAUACUCAACAUAUCUGUCAUCCCAGCUGAUAGACAUUCACCGACCAAACUUCUUAACUUUUUAACAGCUCCUGACACAGUUAUUUGGUCUGCACUUUUGGCUUCUGCAGCAGUUCCUGGAAUUUUGAACCCGGUCGUUCUAAUGCAAAAGCUCAAGGAUGGAAACAUCGUUCCGUGGAGUUGGGGUAGUAGAUUUAAAGAUGGAUCUUUAAGAGGGUCAGCAGGGAAACCAGUUGCCCAUCGGAAAGGGAAAGGUAAUCUAAACUUACUCGAAAACUCAUUGUUUAUUGAUUCACUGCGCGUGGAGGGUGGAGAGGAAACUUCCUAUUAUCAGCAGCGGAACAAUGGCUCAAACACGAAUUGA